AUGUUGAGGAUAUCGCUGCUUGUUAUAGCCCUUGUUAAUCAAGUGGUCGGUUCGAUUCGCCUCGAAAGCGCGCAUUUCGUAGAAACCGUCAGAAAAAAUGGGGACAUAGCAGAGGGCCGCCCGGGUCGUAUCGUCUCGGGGUGGGACGCGAAUCCCGGACAGUUCCCUCACCAAGCCUCGUUAAGGAUUACCAAUAAUAUUGGCCAACUUUUGGGCUGCGGAGGAUCCGUGAUUCAUCAAGAUUGGGUAAUCACUGCAGCUCACUGCACGGCAAACUACCGCCAAGUCACCGUUCGAGCUGGACUGACCCAGGUGUACUCCGCGGAGUACAUCGCCGACUCUUGGGAGUGGCACAACUACUACACCUACAACUCCAAUGACCCCGGCAGAGUACAGCCGAACGACGUCGCACUCGUCAAAGUGCCCUACUCGAUGACCUUUACAGUGAACCUUAUGAGUAUUCAACUACAGCCGUCCAUCGACGCGUACAGAAGCUACACCGAGGAACAGAUGAUGGCCAGCGGUUGGGGGAGAACGUGGACGGACGGCCCGACAGCCGUUAAUCUUCAGUGGACGUACCUUCGUGGAGUGUCAGACAGCUCGUGCAGGACACUUUUCGGCACGUCUCUCGUCAACUCUGCGACAAUAUGCGCCCGGUUCUGGAACAUCACUAGUCAAUCUGUUUGCCAAGGUGACAGCGGAGGUCCUCUGGUGCACAUAAAUAGCCGGAGAGUCCCCAUUCUGGUGGGAGUCACUUCGUUCGUAGCCGGUUCACGUUCCGGCGGAUGUCACUCGGGACAUCCUGGUGGUUUCAUCCGCCCGGGAGCGUUCCACCAUUGGUACCAACAAAUCACCGGACUGAACUUGGACUUCUCAUGGAAUUCCCCCAAUGCAUGA